AUGGCUAGAAGAAGAUUACCAGAUAGACCACCAAAUGGAAUUGGUAUGGCUCAAAGACCAAGAUUGGUACCUCGUCCUAUCAAUCUAGACCUAUCAAUGAAUAAAUUAAAUAAACCUUUUAAAGUACCUUAUCGUAUUAAUAAAAUUAAUCAUACUACUACCACUACUAAUACUAAUACUAAUACUAAUACUAAUAGAAUAUUAAGGAAACGUUCACAUACUGUAAAUUAUUCUGGUAUGGAUGUUGAUGAAAAUAAUGAAUUAAUUGAUGAUUUAACAAAUCCAAAAUUCUUAUUAAAUAAAAAAUUAACAAAUGCUCUAAGUUCACAAAGAUUAUUAGAUGAACCAUCAAGAUUAGAUAAUAUUGAAAAAAUUUUAAAAAGAUCAUUUACUGUACCAAUUAAAGGUUAUAUUCAAAGACAUAGUCUACCAUUAACUUUAGGUACUAAGAAAAAAAUUAUUACAGAGCCAAGACCAUUACAUGAUCCAUCUGAUGAAUUUGCAAUUGUAUUAUAUGAUCCAUCUGUUGAUGGUCAAAUGAUUAUACAUGAUCCAACUUUAACAACUAAUACACCAAUAAAUUUAGAUGAAAAAAAUAAUAAAGAAGAAAAUAAUAUUAAAACUUUGAAACACUCAAUGGUACAUCCACAACUUAUGUCAAAUGGUCUUAAAAAUAAAUCUUUAUUAGAAUUAUUAGGUCCAUCUGAAUCAUCAUUAGAUUUAACAACAAAAAAAUUUCCAAAUGUUCCUGUUGUAAUGGAUCCAAAAUUAACUAAAAUUUUAAGACCUCAUCAAGUUGAAGGUGUAAAAUUUUUAUAUAGAUGCGUUACAGGUCUUGCAAUGAAAGAUUAUUUAGAUUCAGAAAAAAUUACAAAUGCUUUAAAUUCACAACAAGAUACUUCAAAUGAUAUAUCUUCAAUAGAUGAAUCAAUCUCAAUGGUGGAUAAUGAAAUUGAUGACUCAAAGGAUAAAAACAAAAAAACAAAAUCAAAGAAGAAGAAGACAAAGAAAAUUGAAAAAAAAGAAGUUACACCUGUCUUACCUUCUGUUAAUACAGGUGCAUAUGGUUGUAUUAUGGCUGAUGAAAUGGGUUUAGGUAAAACUUUACAAUGUAUUGCAUUAAUGUGGACAUUAUUAAGACAAGGACCUCAAGGGAAAAGAUUAAUUGAUAAAUGUAUCAUUGUUUGUCCAUCAAGUUUAGUCAAUAAUUGGGCUAAUGAAUUAGUAAAAUGGUUAGGUCCCGGGACUUUAUCACCUUUAGCUGUUGAUGGUAAAAAAUCUUCAUUAGUUGGUGGUGGGAAUGCUACCGUGGCAGAUGCUGUUCAUGCUUGGGCUCAAGCUAAAGGUAGAAAUAUUGUUAAACCUGUAUUGAUUAUCUCUUAUGAAACUUUAAGAAGAAAUGUAGAUCAAUUGAAAGGUUGUAAUGUUGGUUUAAUGUUAGCAGAUGAAGGUCAUAGAUUAAAAAAUGGAGAAUCUUUAACCUUUACAGCUUUGGAUAGUAUUAAUUGUCCUAGAAGAAUUAUUCUUUCAGGUACACCAAUUCAAAAUGAUUUAUCAGAAUAUUUUGCUCUAUUAAAUUUUUCAAAUCCUGGUCUCUUAGGUACAAGAGCAGAAUUUAGAAAAAAUUUCGAAAUUCCUAUCUUAAGAGGUCGUGAUGCUGAAGCAUCAGAUAAAGAAAUGGAUAAAGGUGAAAGACAAUUACAAACUUUAUCAAAUAUUGUUUCAAAAUUUAUUAUUAGAAGAACUAAUGAUAUUUUAUCAAAAUAUUUACCUUGUAAAUAUGAGCAUGUCAUUUUCGUAAAUAUGAAACCAUUUCAAAAUAAUCUUUAUAAACAAUUAUUAAGAUCAAGAGAUGUGAAAAAAUUAGUUAAAGGAGAUGGUGGAUCACAACCGUUAAAGGCAAUUGGUGUUUUGAAAAAACUAUGUAAUCAUCCAAAUUUAUUAGAUUUUGAAAAAGAAUUUGCCAAUAUUCCAGAUAAAGAUCUUAAUAUUCCUGAUAAUUAUGAACCACCUAGUUCAAAGAGUAGGGAUAUUCAAACACAAUACUCGGGAAAAUUUUCUAUUCUUGAAAGAUUCUUACAUAAGAUUCAUACGGAAUCUGACGAUAAGAUUGUUUUAAUUUCUAAUUAUACUCAAACUUUAGAUCUAAUUGAGAGAAUGUGUAGAUAUAAACAUUAUGGGACGGUUAGAUUAGAUGGUACUAUGAAUAUUAACAAAAGACAAAAAUUGGUUGAUAGAUUUAAUAACCCUGAAAAUGAAGAAUUUAUCUUCUUACUAAGUUCUAAAGCAGGUGGGUGUGGUAUUAAUUUGAUUGGGGCCAAUAGACUAAUUUUAAUGGAUCCAGAUUGGAAUCCUGCUGCAGAUCAACAAGCAUUGGCAAGAGUAUGGAGAGAUGGGCAAAAGAAGGAUUGUUUUAUUUAUAGAUUCAUCACUACAGGUUCAAUCGAAGAAAAAAUCUUCCAAAGACAAUCUAUGAAAAUGAGUUUAAGUUCUUGUGUUGUCGAUGCCAAAGAAGAUGUUGAAAGAUUGUUUAGUGCUGAUAACUUGAAACAAUUGUUUCAAUUUAAUGAAAAGACAAUUUGCGACACUCAUGAAACUUAUCAUUGUAAAAGAUGCAAUUCUGAAGGUAAACAAACCAUAAGAGCCCCAACAAUGUUGUACGGGGAUGCAACAUCAUGGAACCAUAUCAAUCAUAAGGGACUAGAAAAGACUAAUGAUCAUUUAUUGCGUCAUGAAUAUAAAUAUAAUGAUAUCAGUUUUGCAUUCCAAUAUAUUUCACAUUAG